CUCCUGAAGAAGAGCAAGAGGAAAAUGAAUCCCGGAGAUUAUGGUCUAAAGUGACAAGCGCACUAAUAGCUAGAAAUUUGGAUCUAGCCACAGAGGAAAAAACUUUGAUUGAAGAUAGUCAACGUAAUGAAGCCAAAUCUAGAGAAGCAGAGGGUAUUGAUUGGAGGCCAAGAUACUUUUUAUGUGAAAAUGAUGAAUAUAAAUUCAAACAGACGCACCUCUCAAAAGAUCCAAAAGUCUGUAAACAACAAAUCGAAACAUUUAUUUUUGCUGCUAAUUCUCCUCCUGGCUUCCAUUCUCAUAAUGGACCUCAUCAUUAUAAUCACAAUAACGACGAUUCUUUAAUUUAG